ACCUGGAAUGGGCCGCGAUAAGAGCAGCCGGUGUUAACCAACACGUUUCCUCUACACCUCAUCCGAGUCUUCCUUUUCCAAACACGGGUUUCUUUAAUGUCCCGGCCUGUUUUUCCAGCCUGUGUGCGCACCGACGGCUCCCAGGGGAGUGUAGGCCAAAUCAGCCACAGGCCAGUUAGGGGAGCAGGGGGGCCGGGACACCUGCUUUGGAAAAGACACUCCAGACACUAAACUUUGCUGACUUCGUUGCAAUUCGUUCGUCCUAAAAAACACUUGCUUGCGACAUGGAAAAGAGACUCGCCUUUUCCUUUUUGGCACCUGACAGAGUGGCAUAUGGAAAAUAAGAUUUCUCGUUAAGUACUUUAGGAUCCUGUUUGUGCAGGGGAUAAAAAAAGAAGAUUAUACGUGCAACAAAUGGAUACAAUGUGAAAAUCUGGAGGCAAAAAAGCAAACGCACGCUCCUUUGAUAUCCAAGCGUAUGAAAAACUUUUUCUUAACUGGCUACACCCAGCUGAAUCAUACGAAUAAAUGUAACAUAACAGUAAUAAUUAUUAAAGCAUUCAUAACAUUAAUGACAAUAUUAAUAAUAAUAUCUUCACGUUUCUUAUUUAAUACAUUUACAAGUAAUGUCUUGCUUGUACCUAAUCGGAGGUUUGAGCAUUUGUCUAAUUGCAGGAAUGCAUCCUGAGUCCAAAUACAAAUUAAUGUGACCUAUAUUAUGCAGAAUUGCAAAACGAUGAAUUAAAUAAUUUCCCUGCAGCAAGAUUAAUUUCAGCGGUACAAAACAAUAAUAAUUUCCAAAGAAUAUUAGUGUACAAAUUCUGUGGAUCACCUGUUGUGAAGAACGAAGGCUUUAAAAAAAACAACAACAAAAACUGCAGUAUAAUUAUAAGAGUCCAAUUUGUAAGAUUGCAGGAAAAUGAGGUCGAGCAGCCGUCAUCAUUUCAUAAAUCAGAAGCGUCAAACAGGUUUUUCUGCGGAAAGGCUCAGAUGUCAGUGUCCGCAGGCUUCAGAGUUACAGGUGGAGAAGUUUCAAAAGGGAGAAUUGUCAAAUAAUUAAUUGAAACUCUUAGAUCUGCAAAUACAGGUGGAUUUUCUGUGUCCAUUUUAUACUUUUAAAUCUGGAUAGGUUUAUUAAUCUGUGUUUGAUAUCCGUGUAAUCUUUACGCACGGGAGUAUUUUUAGUGUCAGGCUGUGGAUCCUAGAGACAAACGUUUUUUUUGUUUGUUUUUUUUUAUGAUGAUGAUUUUCAGCUCUUAACAGUGCAUUUCACAAAGAGACGUUUAGCUCCCCUCGGAUAUUGGCUUCCCUGGAUAAUCUAAAUUCCAAAGCAAAGCUGCGAGCCUCUGCGCUGCUUUGCUUGUUCAUAAAUCAGACUGUGCUGUAACCAAUGAGAAACUCACUGCGCGUAAAAUAUUUCCACAUGCCACUUUGAACCUCCAAUACCCAAGUGACCCACUACUGUAAGUCCUUUUCAGAAGGUCUAUCUAAAUAUGUACCAGAUGUCUUUGCAAUUUUUUUUAACAUAUUGAUGUUUAAUAUGUGAAAACGCCUUUUAUCAUAAGAGGCAGAAAAAUAUUAAACCACAAAGUUGGUAAUUAUUGAAAAAAAAAGAAGAAAAAGACUGAGCUUGAAAGAAUGUAAAUGCGUUUUAACAGACUCUCCUAACACGCACACAUUAACCAAACAUGCAAAAGUCGUUUGGGUUGUAAAAUAGACUGUUAAUUUGUAAUUUUACUGUAACACGGAAGGCUGGGAAAUAUCUGCAAAACAUUUGCAUUAAAACGGUACAGAAAUGAUCUACCAUAAGAAAUGAAUUCAUAUUGCAUUCAUGUGAAAAUGCGUUUUUCUAAAAAUGUAAUUAUUAACCUAUAACAGUGCUGUAUAAUGUCAUUGACAGCAAAUUCACAUAGGCUUCUUUUAUGGAUUUUCUUAGUCAUUAUCGUAAAAAUGAUUCUUAUUCAGACGUUUUUUCAAAAGCACUGAUACUUUAUUCAAUGCAUAUUGAAAACAUCCACAUUUAAGACUAAAUAUGAGAAUAAAUAAGAAGUGUGUGUUUUAUUGUGGCGUAGUGUAAUGUCAAAGUGCGUAACGAUUCUUACUCGCGCAGUCGGUGAAUUGGGAAGAAAAUGAUUAGUAAGAGUGGUAUUUCCUUUUUUCCUCUCUCUCUCUCUCUCUCUCUUUAGUUGCAUGCUCAAGUCCCAUUCCCUGGUCAACUUCAGUGCGUUGUCCUCCGGACCGGGCGGACGGUUCUUAUUGGUAGGUUGCGACAGUUACAUCACGCCGUUCAUGACGUGCACGUCUUCCUGUUUCCUUCAGCCGCGUCUUAAAGUGAAUCUUAGUGGCGGAGGAGCGCUCCAGCAUCCAGUCCUCUGCAUCCAGUGCGCCUCGGAGACGCACACACACAGCGUCUCUCUCUCUCUCUCGCUCUCUCUCUCGCACUCUCUCUAUGUCUCUCACUCUUUUAGUUACAGCAGAGGAUAGAGGGAGAGACCGACGCACAAGAGCUCUUUUCAUCUUCUAUAUUUUCCUAUUUUGUUCCUUUCCCUCGCGUGGCUGACUUUAUUCCAGCUCUUCCUUCUCUGAGAAAUUGUUAUCCCAGCAUCCAGCAAUCUGCCGUGCUCAGCGUAUAUUCUCUUUUUUUGGCCGUAGGAGUUCAGGUUGUCCCCCUCUUCAUCUAAAGGGUACUCAGAGGCUUUGAUCCUAGAGGACUGGCUUUGUGGGAUAUGGCCCAAUAGCAGCAACCCGUGAUGCCGGACCAUGACAGCGACUCCCUCCUGAACAGACAGACCAAGCGAAGACGUGUGGACAUUGGUGUUAAGAGAACCGUGGGCAGCACAGCCUCCUCCACAGCAACAACAACCACUGAUAACAUUGCCCGCGCCAAAGCAGCCAUUUUCAGUGCCAUGAACUCUCUGAGCUCCCACUCUCACCACGGAUCAGACACCGACUCCAUGGAGUGCUCUGUAGUGCAGCCACAUGGUGGGCCUGGCGUUGUAUCAGCUAGUGACAGUGAGUCCAAGUCCAAUGUACUCCGAAAGCUACUGAAGCGAGCCAACUCAUACGAGGACACCAUGAUGCCCUUCCCUGGCACCACCAUUAUCUCCCAGCUUCUCAAGAAUAACAUGGCUAAAAAUGGAGGAGGACCCGAAAGGGGAGAAAGAGGGGACAGAGGUGAGAGAGGGGAUGUGGGCUUUCCCGGCUCAGGGCUCUCCAAUGCAAGUUCAGAUGCUCCCCAGGAGGACGCCUGCAGUAACUCCUCCCAAGACAGCACCCCUCAGGAAUGCUUGUCACCAUUCGGCCGUCCUCCUGGCCUGGGCGCCUUUGACAUUGAACGUCUCAAUGAUGAACACCUGCGUGCCAAGCGAGCCCGUGUAGAAAACAUUAUUCGUGGUAUGAGCCACUCACCCAGUGUGGUCGUCCCUACUUCCCGCCAUGAGCGUGACCAUGAGAUGGAUGGGGAACGGGAAAUGGAGCUAGACUGCCCACCUCCUCAGUCUCAGCAGCAGGCCCCCAGCAGCCCACGGGGAGGUGAGGUGUGCAGCAGUAGCAGCCGAGAAAACAAGCGUAAGCAGCGUCUGCCUCAGCAGCAACAGCAGAGCUUCACCCAGCUGGUGUGCCAGAGGAAGGAACAGAAGCAGGAGGAGCGACGGCAACUGAAGCUGCAGCUGGAGGACAUGCAGAAGCAGCUACGCCAGCUGCAGGAGAAGUUCUUUCAGAUCUAUGACUCAACUGACGACUCAGAACACAAUGACCUCCACAAUGACCUCCAUAAUGACAUCGGAAAUAUGUCAGAGGACAGCCCAGCCAGGUCCGACACCGGUGGCGAUGACCGGGGUGGAGAUGACUUGCGCUCUGACAAUGAGAUGUCUGACCUGGACCCGGGCCAUUUCCUUGACAGGGCACGGGCAUUGCUUCAGGAGCAGGCUCUGCUGGCGGAUGGAGAGAAGCCAAGAAGAGAAGGGCUCGGACGGAGCAAAGGACAGGGUGGUCCAGGCUCCUCUAUGCAUGCUGAAGGUAAACAGCUGGCAGAAACACUGAAGCAGGAACUCAAUUCAGCCAUGACCCAGGUCGUGGACACAGUGGUAAAGGUGUUUGCCAAGCCUCCACGCCCCACACCCCAGCAAGCCUUCCCACCACUUUCCAUACCUACUGAAAGGUUCCCCACCGCUGUCAAUGGAGACAACCCCAACUUCCACACCGCCAACCAGAGGCUGCAGUGCUUCGGUGAUGUCAUCAUUCCCAAUCCACUAGACUCCUUUGCUGGCAUGCCCGGGAUGCCAGGCUCCGCCAAUGACCAAACCGAGGCACUGCCCUUAGUUGUGAGAAAGACGCCCAGUGAGCACCACCACCAGUCCUCAGCUGUGGGUGCCCAUGGUGGUCACCAUCAUCCCUCCCUUCAUCCCUCCUCGCUCUCUGCCUCUAUGGGUUUCAGCCCCCCAUCCUUUAGACACCCCUUUCCUCUGCCUCUUGUGGGUUACCCUUUCCAGAGUCCCCUGGGUGGACCCACAGGUGGCUACCCAGGCAAGGACCGUUCCUCACCAGACUCCAUGGACCUGUCCAGGGAGACCACCAGCCUGAGGACCAAGAUGGCAUCAGGUCACCACCUGGUGCACCACCAUCGCUCUUGUUCACCAGCACACCCUGGCAGCACGGCUGAGGGACUCUCUCUGUCCCUUAUCAAGUCUGAGUGCAGCGAUCUCCAGGACAUGGCUGACAUCUCACCCUACUCAGGCAGCAAUAUACAGGAAGGUCUAUCCCCGAACCAUCUGAAGAAGGCUAAGCUCAUGUUUUUCUACACCCGCUAUCCGAGCUCUAAUAUGCUGAAGAUGUUCUUCUCUGAUGUCAAGUUUAACCGCUGCAUAACCUCCCAGCUGAUCAAAUGGUUCAGCAACUUCAGGGAGUUCUACUACAUCCAGAUGGAGAAGUUUGCCCGCCAGUCCAUCAACGACGGCACCACUGGAGCCGAGGAGCUGAGUGUCAGCCGCGACUGCGAGCUCUUCCGAGCCCUCAACAUGCACUACAACAAGGCCAAUGACUUUGAGGUCCCUAAUCGCUUCCUGGAGGUGGCUGAGAUCACACUGAGAGAGUUCUUCAAUGCCAUUGUGGCCGGCAAAGACGUCGACCCGUCCUGGAAGAAGGCCAUCUAUAAGGUCAUCUGCAAACUGGACAGUGAGGUCCCUGAGAUCUUCAAGUCCCCCAACUGUCUCCAAGAGCUUCUACACGAGUAAAUCGAUUUCUCCUCCUCCUCCUCCUCCUCCUCGCUCGACGCUUUGCGCUUUUUCCCCCUCUGGUUUCAUAGAAUUUCAGAAUGAUAUUCUCUUUGUUUUAUUUUUUUCCCUUUCCCCACUCUACUUUUGAUUUCCUGUUUUUUAAUUUUUUUUUUAAUUUUUUGAAUGUAUGAAAGUUAUGAAGUAGCAUUCCCAAUCUGAAGCCCCUGUGGCAGUUCCUAAAUGACCUAGCUAUUGUGUUGUUGUUCUUAUAUGAUAAUUAUCAUGAUGGUUAUUAUUUGUUUUGUUUUUCUAUGAUUCUGCUGAACUGAAGAGACUCUAAUCUUAUUGGGUGUUUUUUGGACCGUGUGAACCCUCAUCCGUUUGGCCUGUUGUAUGAUCAACACUAACUAGGUCCUCAGUGUGGGGAAGGAGUUUCUGAGUUACACUACUAAGACCAUAAGCUGGGUUCCUUAUAAACUUCACUCGUGACACCCAGGGGUAUCCCUGCAAUCCAGUGGGUCUCCCACACAAUGAACUGUCCCUGCAAAGUGGGUGCCCAAUAGACUGUGCUACUGAAGAUGUCCCGAACAGGACAGUCACACACACACACACACACACGCACACAAGAACCAGGCCUAGUGAGGUUAUUGACUGGACUAAGACUGGGCUCGUGGUACUGGUCUGUACUGGUCUGUGGGACUUGGACUGGUUUCAAAUAGCUACUGAGCUCUACCAUGUUUUGAAGUGUGUUUUCCCUGCAAGUAGGGCAUUGUGUUUAUUGGGUGUACAUUAUUAUUUUGAUGAACAUUAUUAUUGUUGUUUAUGAUUAUUAUUAUUUGUCAUCACUGCUUGCUGAAGAUUGGCACUUCGAGAUUUGUUUGUCCCUGGAUGCCGUUGCAGAAAAAAAUAAAUUAUUGCUAUUAAUAUUAUUCCAAAAGAGUUUAGAUUCUGAAAUAUUUUGCCCACAUUUCCUCUUUCCUCCAUACUCUGUUUCUGUUUAUUCGUCACUGAAGUGAACUUUGGAUCUAUUUUCUUUGUUUUGUUUUGUUAUUUUUUGGGGGGUUUUUUUUGGUGGUCGGGUCUGGGGCAGAAUGCCUGGAAAGUGUUUUUGAUUUGGGGGUUUUGAAAAUGGGCUUCUCCAUUUGCUUGUAGUGACAAGCCUGUGCUGCAUAGGACCAGUCUGACAACGCUAGAAAGGGAGUUAGGAUGCAGAAACACAUGAAGUAAACGGUGCAGAAGUGUGGCCUUUUAGUGUGUCAUUUGCUGUCUUUUUAAUGGCUAAAUUUCUGUAGCCACUCCAGCUUUGGCAAGUAAACUGCUGCCACCGAAAGAGUCAUUUGUUCAGCUGUCAACAAAAUUGUAUUCAUCUACUUAUCUGUUCAGGAGUGGUGAACAUACACGAUAAUAACUGCAGAGUUUUUUUGUCUUUUGUAUAAUAGCACUAUUUUGACUAAAAAGCUCAUGUGUGAGAUGCAGUCAGCCUGUUGAUAUGGCAGGCUUUCAUUAACCUAUACAAGGUGUAAAUUACAUUAUGAAGUUAUUUCAAUAGCAGUUGAUACUUGAAUAUAUCACAAUACUGUGGCAAUCUAAAGUACAGUGUCGCUGAAACAAUAGAUAAUUGAAUACAUAUGAACAGAAGCAUCAUAGAGAGGAAGAUAAUUCAAGGAGGGCAAAGAGAGGUGAAUAAUAGCUGAAACACAGGCAUUCAUUAAUUUUGCUUCAAGUGGAAUUUCCCCCACAAAUAACACACACACACACACACACACACACACACACACACACACACACACUGCUCCUUCCCUCCACGUUCACCUGCCUUUGAGUGAUCUAGCUCCUCUCUCAAUGCAACAAUACAAGGUCGAAGGUGAGCACUCACCCCAGGGGUAGAUGGAGAAGCUCUCAGCACUACAAAGAGCGGGGACAAAGGCACAGCGCGAGGAGCAACAUGCACCUGAAACCCUCCGCUCUGUCCCUCCGUCCCACACUGGCAGCUUUUUAAGACCCAAAGUGUGAUUCUGUUUGAGCCACUGUGCAAUGUCAAAAAAAAAAAAAAAACGCCAUUCCUUUCACUUCUACCUGAGAUUCUAAUACCAGAUUUUCCACUUGAGUUGUACGUGUAUAUCUAUAAUUUUAUGACUUACAUCCGCCCUCUCAGGCUUUUAAGAAUUUUUAUAAGCAAUUAGUCUUAGCUGCCCUUUUGACGAGGUAAGUUUGAUGCGAUGAGAGGAGCAGAAUACUUUCUGGAGUGCGUGCAAGCUGGCUGUUGAUCUCACCUUGGCGACAUUGGCUUAUAGUGUGUCUGUGUGUCACAAAAGAUCAAAAGGGGCAGGUUGCUUAACCUGCUGAUGUGUCUAAGCGAGACAAAGCGCCUGACAAAAGGAGACAGCGAAAGACAGAGAGCUACUCCCUUCAUUAUCCCCCCCUUCUCCUCCUCUUCCUCCCUCAGAACAGUGUUCUUCUUAAGAUCCGGAGCCCUGAGAGAGCGAGCCGGACACCUUUCUCACUGAAGGAUGGGCUAGGCCCUGCAUGUCUCAGAGUCUCAAAGCACCAGCCAAGGGCUCUAAAGCGCCACAAACAAAGGGGAAAGGAAAGGACACUUUUAUCUGAUGCACAGAUUAUUAUCGCUCCACACCCUCCCCCUUCCUGCAACCCCGCCCUGAAGUGAAAGAGUUCCUGCGCCUAAAAAGAUUAAUUCAGGAUAAUGAAGACUUAUGUGCAAAAAAGGAUUAGAAAGACCUUAAUACCGCGUUGAAAAUAUUUUUGUCAAGUUUUCCUUUUCUGGGGUCGUUUGAUUUUUAGCAUAACAUUAUUAAAAUACAUAUAUAGUCUUUUUUAAGAAUUGUAAAAUAUAAAUCUAUGGGAAAAAAUAUAUACUGUAGUGGAAGUUCUUUGGAAGGCACUGUUAGAAAUUCUUUCAUAAAAGAAAACUUGAGGGUAUUUUUAGUGACGGCUUUGUUUAAAUCUGUAUUCUGAAUAAGUGAGUUGUUGGUAGAUUAGGAGCAAUAGGUGUAGGUUUUUUGCAGGUUUUGUGACCAGUUUUUCUUUUGGUUUCUUUACCUUUUUGUAUAUUGUGCUGAAUGGCUGUCUUCUCCUUGAGAUCAGAAAAAUAAACUUGGAAUCUGUUUUCAGAGUAUGAACUAUUGUUGUUGCUACUGUAAAUACUGUCAGGAUGAAACAAAGAAUAGCUGUACAGUUUUUUCUAUUAUCACUCAGAGUGCUAUGGGGGUGAGAGUGGUUAAAAAAAGAAAGGUGAAAACAACAAAAAAAGAGAGAUGACCCAUUCUCUCCAACUGGACUCAUAACCACUCUUCCAAAAAAACCCACAGAGUUUUUUUUGUUUUUUUUUCCCUGCCAUGCCUUUAACGGGGGUCUGUUUCCCGUCGGCAGUGCCCUUGAAGUUGCACCAGCAUCCGUUUCUUUAAUUUUUGCUGACAGAACGAUGCUUCAUAGGCUAGCGGUCGGGUAAUGAUGAUGUCACGGAGUGGCCCGUUGGCAGUCUGCGGACCCGGUCUCGUCCAAAAAAACAAGGGCAGACGCCGCCGACGCAGCUCUAGAUUUGACCCAGGAGAGAGACAGGAACUCAUUGUCAUCAGAAGACUAGUGUCAUGGAGGGGGCACAUGUUGUAUAGUAACAAUUUUUAAAAAAAGACAGAGAGAGAGAGGGAGAGAGACUGCAGAUAGAAAAAACAAUUUAUACAAUUUUUUUUACCGGGUUCAAACAGUUGGGAAAAGUUUGGACUUUUGUGGAAUUUCUGUACGCUUUGCAUUGUGCGUGUGUUUGUGUGUGUGUAUGUGUGUGCGUGUGUUGAUGUAUAUGAGUGUGUGUCUGUGUGAGAGAAAAGACCUAUUAUGAGAACCUGUGAACCAGUGAGUGACACAAUUCUCAACACUGUGGCCCCUCCCCCACCCCUGGGAUCGCCAUCCUGACAUGUAAAUGAUUCUCAUUAAGCGUUGGCAACGUGGGUUUGGUGUGUGUGUGUGUGUGUGUGUGUGUGUGUGUGUGUGUGUGCGUGUGUGUGUGUGUUGCGAUAAUUUCCUCUGAUCUGUUUUCUGACCUGUUUGAAAGGAGUUUUUGUUUCUUGAUGCUUUCAGUAAUAAUUCUUUUUUUAUUAUUAUUAUUAUUAUUACAUCGCUCCUCUUUUUUUGUAAAUAUCAAUGAUGUGGACUUAAAGUGAUAAAUACUGCCUUUGUAUAACUUAGCAAUAUGUUAUGUAAAUAGUGUUUUGUUGAUGCUUUUUGUAUGACAUUAUUAUUCGAUGCUAGUGCAGUAAUUCCAACUGGAACAGCCAUGUGUCAAAUACAGUCUGAAUAGUUACACACAGAUUGUAAAAUUAAACUCAUGACAUGGCUGCUUUUUUCUGUUAUUGGUGUCUAUUUGUCUUGCAGAUUUUGUGUAAUUUAUUGGUUUAAUUUAUCCUAAUUUAUUUGAUGUUGUUUUCUUUUGUUUUGUUGGGUUUUUUUUUUUCAAACAGGGAAGGCUGUACUGCAUUUCAUUAAGUAGAAUCCAAGUUUAAAAGAUUUUAAUCCUACCUAAAAGUGAAUUUUUAAAAAUAGUAUUCCUAAAAGAGCUCAUUCGAUGAUAAAUGGAGAUCUUGGCAGCUAAAUGGAACUGGACAGUUUAAAAAAAAAAAAAGAAAAAAGGUUGUUAUGUUUUUGUUCCUGGACAGGGCCGAGGGUGGGCUAGAAAGCUGAAACUAGUUUGAAGCAGUUUUGUAUUUUCUCUUGAGAUUUUUUUCCCCUGUAUUGCUUUGGCCCAGCCCAAAAACAACCAGUAGUCAAAUUGCCUUUCGUGCCUUCACCCUCUAUGAACUGAAUGUAUGUGCAGUAUAUAUGCAAGCUUGUGCAAAAUGAAUAAAAAAUGGAAAUAAAAAUGAAAAACAGA